UUUCUUAUAGUCUGCAAAUGUCGCUUUGAAUUCAGCCUAUCGUUUGGCACGUAGCAUUAAGUAGACGACAACAAUAUUUUCAUAAAAACGCAGUCGUCUAGAGUUUACAAAAUGGCGUUAUCUAAAAAUGUGUCCGGGGUGUUUAUUGUUGCUGCUAAAAGGACAGCAUUUGGAACAUUCGGCGGAAAGUUGAAAGAUCAUUCUGGAAAUAAGUUACAGGAGAUAGCUGCCCUGGCUGCCCUCAAAGAAAGUAAAGUGAACCCGGAGCUUGUUGGUUCUCUGGUGUUUGGAAAUGUUAUACAGACAUCUCAAGAUGCCAUUUACAUGGCCAGGCAUGUUGGUCUGAAAUCAGGCGUUCCUAUGGCAGUACCCGCCCUGGCGGUUAACAGAUUGUGUGGGUCUGGAUUUCAAGCAAUUAUCAAUGGAACUCAGGAGAUUAUAUUAGGUGAAAGUGAUAUAGCUUUAGUUGGUGGAACUGAAAGUAUGAGCCAGGCACCAUAUGCUGUACGGAAUAUCAGAUUUGGUACCCGGUUUGGCCAAGACUUACAGUUGGAGGAUAUCUUAUGGGCUGGUUUGACAGAUUCCUAUACCAAGAUGCCUAUGGCAAUAACAGCAGAAAAUUUAGCCGAGCAGUAUGGCAUCUCGCGUGAAGACUGUGAUAAGUACGCUCUUCAAUCACAGACACGAUGGGGAAAAGCUCAUACUGGUGGUGUCUUCAAUGCUGAGAUAACUCCAGUUGAGGUUAAAGGCAAAAAAGGAAAGGAGAUGUUUGAAAUGGAUGAACACCCUCGACCAAAGACAACUAUUGAAGGUCUAGCCAAGUUACCAGCUAUCUUUAAAAAGGACGGGACUGUUACUGCAGGCAAUGCAUCUGGUGUUUGUGAUGGGGCAGCAGCCCUCGUGUUGGCCAGUGAAGCAGCUGUGUCUAAAAAUAACCUCACACCAUUGGCAAGACUAGUAUCCUAUGGAAUCGCAGGUUGCGACCCCAAGAUAAUGGGCAUCGGACCAGCGCCUGCUGGCAGAGCCGCCCUCAAGGCUGCUGGGCUAGAAUUGAAAGACAUGGAUAUAUGUGAGGUGAAUGAAGCCUUUGCCCCACAGUAUCUGGCUGUAGAGAAGGAACUGGGUUUGAAUCCAGAGAUUACCAAUAUGAAUGGAGGUGCCAUAGCCCUUGGCCACCCAUUGGGUGCUUCUGGGGCAAGGAUCACAGGCCAUCUUGCACAUGAAUUAAACCGUCAAAAUAAGAAAUAUGCAUUUGGAUCUGCCUGUAUAGGAGGUGGACAGGGGAUUGCCGUGAUUCUUGAGAAAUGCUGAAAAGAUUUAAAAAUGACAUAAUAUAUUGGACCAAGUGCUUUAUAAAAUACAAAGGGUUCCCUUCAAUUUACUGUGAUAUAACCAUGACCUUGGCCUCUGUUUAAUGCUUAUGUUUUUUUGUUACCACAUUUUUUUUUCCCGAGUGAUAGGUCUUUCGAAAUUUAUAUUUUGAAGUUUAAGUUUGCAGUUACCACUUAUAUUUGUUAAUAGCAACACACAGCACAUUUCCAGGUUCUUACUUAUUUUCAUCCCAAAUUUUGGAAGUGAUGUUAAUUCAUGUUGUGGGCUUUUAUUGAAUGAAUAUAAAGUAGAUGUAAUAUGGGAAAUCAUAAUACACAUGAAUUUACCUAUAAUUUGUUAAAACACUUGAAAAUAGUGUUAUUAAUCUGGUUAGAAGUUAGGUGAUUAAACAGUAUAUUAGGUGUUAUUGUUCAUCUAGCAUGAACAAUUAUUUUUUACAAGAGUCUGAAUAUUUAUAGAUUUCUUAAAAUCUUAAUGUAUUUUUUCAGAAUGUUGAAUUUUUUAAAACUUUGUUUGCUUUUCUGGGAUUUAUUAGUUUACAAGAUUGAAGUUUUCAAAGAAAAAACACUCCGCUAAAUUGCCUACCCAUAUAGAUUUUGGUCCUGUUACUGCAAACCGGAACAAAUUAUUUAACUGUGAGCUUGUCUAGAUUGUCUGAAUUUUUAAUUUUGGCUAUGUGCUAGAAGUGUUCAACUCAUCAGUGGUACCAUAUAUAUAUAAGUUCAUAUAUUGGCAUUGUUAUAUUUAUAUAAUUAAUAAACAAAAUGUCUGAAUUUUCAUUUUUUCUUAAAAUGUGCACUUGUGUCAUUUGUAUUAUAGUUGAUAUGUAAAAUAUGCACAGUGUUCUUGUAAAUAAAAAAAAAAAAUUCAAAGCCAUCUUACUUUUUAAACUAUUAACAAGCAUCUACUGUAAAAAUAAAUCUUACCAUAUGAAUGUGUACCGGUAUACUGAUUCACACUUUAUUUAUUUUAUGGUGACUGAAAUAUGAGGAACCUAAGGAAAUAUCUAUCAUAUAUAUAUAUAUUUCUAAUCAUUUUCCAGAUCAUUGGACAAUAAAUAUGUAUAUCAUAUUCAGAGAAA